ACGACCACGUGAACGCGCGAGAGGUGGACAGGCAGUAGGGGAUAAGAAAUGCGUUCACGUAGUCUGCUAUAUACCUCGCCAGUGGCUUAGUCUACCACUUGGCUUCUCCGUGACACGCGCCGGUUGAAUACUCAACAUGUAUCAUCUCAUUCAUAAAAGUGAUUGGCCCAUAGUGAUCAUGUAACACCAUUAAAUUCAAUGCAAUUAAAUAUCAUCCGCUAUUUGAAUUCAAACGUGUGGCAAUAAUAAUGUGAUUUUUGAAGAAAUUUAAAAAAAUCUUCACCCCAACUGACGGACAAGAUAAACUAAUUAGGAUAAAAUAUAAAAUUUGUAAUUGCAAGCGAAAUCCCAAGGAAGAAAGGAAUUCCACAAUGAGAAACAACAUCAUCAGGUGGAUUUAUAACCGAGUACUUGAAUGAAUAUGAAUAGAUUCCAAGUUAUGGAAAUGGAAAGGUAAAAAAAAAAAGAGUGAUUCUUUGAUAUCAAUUGUAAAUACCACAUAUUUUGCGCUUUGAAAUAAGGAAACAGCAGUAGACCCAUUCCAGGGCAACAGCUGUUUAUGUGACUCGACCGAGAAACACGCCCACAGCUACUAUACUCACUGACGACUUUCGAUGAAAGAAAGUUUUACGGUAGUUCUGGAAAGAAAUUUACAAAUCAUUUUCUGGUGGUGAAUAUCGCCCGUAGUGAAGAAGGAAAAAAACCGAAAUUAUGGAUGGACUUUUGCGAAUUAACGAAUGCAGGGAUUAAAAGAGGAAAACUAAUGAAAUCCCGUAUCAUGGAAAAUACAAUGUGAAUACAGGUGCAGCUAAUUAAUGUUGAAAGAUGGGGGCAAUGCGCCGGUGGAAUGAUUCGUGCAAUUCUUCGACGAUGAACGAAAAAGGAACAAUGAAACAUUUCAAGUGUUAUCACUAUAAUUGAGAAUUUUUUAUUUCAUUUUAUUUUACUUUUUUUUUUUUGUUGUUGUUCAUUCUUCUUCAGUUUAAUUGAAAUAUUAUUGUGAGAAACCGAAAGUAUUAUAUGCAGGGGGAAGAAAUCUCCUGUUAAAUCAAGGAAAUCAAUUUUAAUUUUGUGGCCAUUUACAGAAAAGGAGGAACGAGUCAAAUACUGCACCUAGCCAUGAACCUCGCGCUGCAUGGAUUUCUACUACAGGUUAUCUUGUCCAUUAUCGACUUGAAAUAUGGAUUGUGCAGCGCGGGGGAACCUGGUUACUUGGACUUUGACAAUCUCCCGGAGACGAAUUUUUCAUGCCAGGGCAAGGUCAUUGGUGGAUACUAUGCUGAUGUCGAGGCCGGCUGUCAGAUGUUCCACGUGUGUACCAUCGGUCAGAAAGAUGAGAUAAUGGACAUUAAAUUUCUAUGUCUGAAUGGCACGGUCUUCGACCAGGAGACAAGGGUUUGUGAACGAGUGGAUGAAGUCGACUGCAGCAAAAGCGAGCGAUUUUAUAAUCUCAAUCUCGAGUUGUAUGGCAACAAUGCUGUGACACUCAGUUUACACGAAGAACCUGUUAAUGAUGACGAAUCUCCGACUCUAAUUGAUAAUCUUAAUCUCCACCAGACAACAUCAGUAAGAGCAAUUACAACAACAAUGAGCAGUACAACAACUACUCCAAUAUCGGCAAUAUCCUCGAUUACCUCCGCAAAUGAUUAUCCUCAACAUUUUCAACAUCAGCCAUCACCAUUCUCAUCCGUCCAAACUAGUCAAUCCAAGUCACGCUAUGAUAAUGACAAGAAUGGUGGUUAUCAUCAUCAAUAUAUUUAUCACAGUGGUGAUAAUAAUGAAGAGAUUGAUAACAAUAACGGUAACAACAACAGUAACAACAACAACAACAACAACAACAACAACAACAACAACAACAACAAUCAAGCAACUUCCUAUCAGUUAUUCAGUAAUCAGGGUGCAAGUUCAACAACAGGAGCCCCCCAGAUUCAUCAAAUAUCAUCAUCAGUGUCACCGCAGUUAUUCCGCGCUACCUCGUCAACACUCCAAACUUUACUCACUGGCAAUGCCAAUAAUCCUCCCUUAAUAAAUCCCAUAUUUCAUAAUCAUAAUCAUGGAAUUAUAAGUACAACUGAACAAUUUACAUUGCACAGUAGUAAUACCCGUGAGACUGCUGAUGAUUAUCAAAGAGAGGAGGAUAAUUCAAAGAGCCGUAGUAAUGAGCGAACAUUGCUCGAGCCAAUACAAUCAACAAAUCAAGGAAAAAUUUCAAAAUUAACUAUAUCACCUGUUCCUCGAGACAAGUCCUCCAUGGAUAAAAUUAAACAUGAAAUUAAGGAAGAAAGUCAAAGUCAAAGUCAGAGUACCUCUCACCAGCAUCGAAUAUCUGGUGGAUUUUUAUCAAUAGCUCCUCCAUCUGAUACUGGCCCACCAACAGUUAGAUCUUUUUAUCCAACACCAAAAACUCCUGAAAGUUCUACUACGAGAGUCACACAACACAUACAUCUGCCUCCUCCACCGCCAAUUCCCCAAUUGAAACCUCAUCAAGUAACAAUUCAUUUGUCUCCUCCAGAAAUACAAAGACUAGGGCCUCAAAACCCCCCCUCACCUCUUCUUCCCUCCCAAUCAAGAGUAAUAGUCACGGCAAAAGCAAGUGUCAGUGAUGAAUCUGGAAGGCCUCUCAAUACUACACAAUUAGUUACACUUCCACUGCCGACAAUUCCUGCAAGUUAUGAUGAUUAUAAAGAAGGUGAUGAGUCAUUUGAUCCAUUCUACAAAGAUGUUCCCAAAAUAAGAAACAGCAGAAAGUCUGAUAGUACAUUUGGAAGAAAUAUAUUAUUGUUGAACCAACCAAGGAAGAAAAGACAAACUGAUGUGGAUGAAAGGGAAACAUUUCAAGAGAAUGAAAUGACAACGAUUGCCCCAACAAACAACUCGACAGAGCUGCAGGAGCCCAAAAAUACAACUAGUGCAGAACAACUAGUGCCUGAUUAUUAUCAACAAGAGGAUUAUGAGGAGAAUGACCAAUAUUUCAAUGACUCUGAGAGUUCAACAGAAUUGAAUACUACUACUACUGCAGAGAUAGAUUCUUAUAGCGAAUACUACGAAUAUGAUGAUGAUAAAAAUGUUACAUCUGAUGAUUCCGACUAUUUAGUCACGACAGAAGAGUCAAAUACAACAACCAAACAAAUGGAGCAAAACAUUACUAUUGUAAAAAUCAAUGAAAUGGCAAAUGAUACAGUGUUGAAAUUUACCCAAGAAAUUUAUCCGCAAUCUGAUGAACAACCUCAGCAGGACAAAAACAAACUCAAAGAUCCUGGACUCGAUUUUAUAGAUAAUAUUCCUCCUCAUGAUAUUAUAUCACAAGAUUACGUUGAUGAUAAUUACGAGCCAGAGAGUUACAGAGAGCAGCAGUCCAUUGUAACUAAAAAUGUCAAUGAAAGUAGUAUUUUUGAAUCAUUGGUUGAAAAUGUUACUGAGGUAGCAAUUGGUCAAAUUUUUCAAACAACUUCAAAACAAGUAAUUGCCACGACAUCGUCAACAACACUAUCAACUCUAUAUAAUGUUGAUAUCAGUACUACAACCACACCGGCCACAACGGUAACACGCAAGCGUUAUUCCUCCACCGUUUCGACGACAGCUUAUCGCCCGACAGCUCCAAAAUUAAAAACUUUCUCAACAAGAAGAACAUAUGUUUAUAGCCCACCAACAACUACUGCAGUACCGGUCAUGAUAAAGACUAGACUUCCACUUUUAAAUCCCAAACCAGCUAAACCUCCUAGAUCUUAUAAUGAAUUAGCUCCCAAACCGGUCAUAAGAAAACAUCCACUUUUGGCAAGGAGAGUAACAUCAACCACAUCAAUAGCCCAACAGUCUGAAGAGCCUGAGAAAAUGACAACCAUCAUUAACAAUAACAAAACAAUUGGCCAAAAUACAAGUGAAAAAACAUCUCAAAUCCUUAAUGAUAAAGUGUUGGAGAAAAUUUCUCAAGCUGUUGGAGAAAAAAUCAUUGAACAAAUCAAUGAUUUGACAAUUACCACUGACAAUUCAAAAGAUUUUAUCAAUAUCACUACCAUGACAAGUGUAACACAUUCAACACCCUUGGCGACAUAUCCAAUCAUCAAUUCAUCCUUCUUUGAGGAAAGUCAAGGAAAGACCCAAAGUACAACCUAUGAAUAUUCUACUACUAGUAAUACAACGCCAAUUAUUGACUUGACAACGAGUGACAAAGACCUGGCAACUGUGACAUCUUCACAAAUUGCUUCAGUAUUACCCAUUCAUUGGAAACCAAUGGUAACAUACAAACGCGUAAAUAGUUUCAAUUGUCUAGAGAAGGAUAUGUAUAGAUUUUACGCGGAUGAACGAGACUGCCGAUUAUUCCACUAUUGCUCACCAGGAUUUACUGACAGACAAGUUCUUGAUUUUCGAUUCGUUUGCGAACAAGGCACUAUUUUCGAUGAACAAACCCAAAACUGCCUUCAUGAGGUGAAAAAUUCAAAAUGUCAGGAGAAAACCUAUCAAACUCGAAAUCACUAGGGUUUUUUUCUAUUUUUAUUAUUUUUAUUACCACUGUUAUCACUUGAUUUUUCAUUCAUUUUUCAUUCACCAAAUGAACGAUCAAUAUUAUUUACAAUAUAAAAAAAGACAAUUUUUUCCUUAAUGCCGUUCUCCGAAAGUGCUUCCUUGGUUUUGGUAAUUCGUGAAUCCAGAGAAAAUUGAAAAAUUGAUAAUAAAAUAUACAUAUCUCAAUUUUUCAUCCAUUACGUUUAUUUUGCCAUAACAAUUUGUGAGUCAGUGUGUGUGUAUGCUAAUGAGUGAUUCAAAUGUCUUUAGCUCACGGCCUAUUGGAUUCACACUUAUUAAAAUUAAUGCAUUUCGGAGAACAAAUUUUUUUUUUAUAAAUUUAUUUUGUCUACUUGUAUAAUUAUUCGAGAUUCGUUUAGUUUAAAUGGUGAUCAAAUACUUAUUGCUCAAAAUUGUAUUGAGAGGUUUAAUAAUAAUAUAUAUAAGAGCGGAGUGAUGAUGCAUAAUUCACAA